AAGGCGAUCGUUAUUCCGACGGUAAUCACCUACUCGUUGAUAUUCAUUAUUGGAACUGUGGGGAAUAUUUGCACAUGUGUGGUGAUCAUUCGGAACAAGUCAAUGCACACACAUACCAAUUUCUACCUGUUCAGUUUAGCGCUCUCGGACCUUUUGGUCCUUUCCUUAGUUCACCUCAUCGACAUCAUCACCAGCGACGCUCUCCGCAUACUGUUAUCUGCUCGUUACUGUGAACGAUGGCUGGCCAUAUUGUCACCCGCUACGAUCUCAGUCCUCGCCAAAAAUAUCACGAGCCUAUUUGACGAUCAUCGUCAUGUGGACAAUCUCGGCCGUCUCCGCUAUGCCCAUGGAUUAUGUGAAGAUCUAAUCGUAUCAGAAGACGGCAAGACUCUGAAGAACACGCAGUUCUGUGCGAUGGACGUCGAUCAACCGGAGCAACAGAAACGUCUCAUCUAUUUUGCGUUCAUCGCGUUUUUCCUGGCACCUGCCAUUCUUAUCACCAUGAUGUACUGUCAAAUUGGAACACGAAUAGCGUCCAGGGAUUCUUUGCUUUGUGUCGACAAGAAGCAGAUGAAGACAAAGUCAACACCAACCGUCACCAAGAUGCUGAUUUCUGUGGUGGUUUCGUUCUUCAUCUGUUGGUUGCCGUUCCACAUUCAACGGCUUCUUUCGCUUUUCAUCAGCUAUUAUGAAGGCCAAGUUUCGCCGGCAGUAGAGGUCCUGUUCUCUCUUGUCUACUACAUCUCAGGAUGCUGUUACUACUCCAACUCCGCCAUAAACCCUAUUUUGUACAAUUUGUUCUCCGCUAAGUACCGUAAAGCGUUCUGCAUGACGAUUCUUGGCCGUCGAAUUGCCGAAAAGAUCCGUCCACAGUGGUUCGCAUUGCGAAGCAAG